AGAGGCGACGCCUUCCCUUCGUCUCAUUGUGCAGAGGAGUUCGCGCCUGCGCACUGAGCCCGGCGGAGAGGGGGAGGGGAGGGGCCGCCGCGCACGAGACGACGCCGCCGCCAUCUGCUGCCGCCGGAGCCGGGACUCGCGCGCGUGACGCAGCCGCGGAGAGGACGGGGCUGAUUCGGUUGCAUCAACCGCGUGCCUCGACCCCUCGCCCGACACCACCGCGCACGCGCGGCUCGAGCAUUCGCUCCCUCCUUCGCUGGACUGCGCAGGCGCGGCCCGCUCCCCACCCCUUCGGGGCCCCAGUGCGCAGGCGCGGCUCGCCCCGCCCCCCGGCCGGCAUUGCGCAGGCGCGGCUCGCCCCGCCCUCCCCGCUCCGGGCCUCGCUGCCGGCGCCGCCAUGUUGAAGCAGCCGCAGCCGCUACCCCCCCCCGCGCCCGCCACCGGGCCCCCCCCGGCCGCCGGGCCCCCCGCCGCUCCGGCCCCAGCACGCAAGGCCGCGCCCAGCCCCAACGGUAGCCUCAGUCCUAGCGGCGGCGCCCGCCCGCCCACCGCUGCCGCGCCGCCCCCCGCCGCCGCCUCGUCAGCUGCGGCGCCCGGCGGGGGGGGCGGGCCCGGGGGCAGCGGCGGCGGCGGCACCAGGGGUCAGAGUACUGGGAAGGGGCCUCCCCAGUGCCCGGUGUUUGAAGGUGUCUACAACAACUCCCGCAUGCUGCACUUCCUGACGGCUGUCGUGGGUUCCACCUGCGAUGUGAAGGUGAAGAAUGGCAGCACCUUUGAGGGCAUUUUCAAGACGCUCAGCUCCAAAUUCGAGCUGGCUGUAGACGCUGUGCACCGCAAGACUUCGGAGCAGACGGCUGGGCCGCGGCGUGAGGACAUCGUAGACACCAUGGUAUUCAAGCCGGCUGACGUCAUGCUGGUUCGCUUCCGCAACAUUGACUUCAACUAUGCCACAAAAGACAAGUUCACAGAUUCAGCCAUUGCCAUGAACUCCAAGGUGAACGGGGAGCACAAGGAGAAGGUGUUGCAGCGCUGGGAGGGCGGCGACAGCCACAGUGAUGACUACGACCUCGAGUCCGAUCUGUCCAACGGCUGGGACCCUAACGAGAUGUUCAAGUUCAACGAGGAGAACUAUGGUGUGAAGACUACCUAUGACAGCAGUUUAGCUUCCUACACCGUGCCCCUGGAGAAGGACAACUCGGAGGAGUUCCGGCAGCGUGAGGCACGGGCGGCGCAGCUGGCACGGGAGAUUGAGUCAAGUCCACAGUACCGGCUGCGCAUUGCCAUGGAGAACGAUGAUGGGCGGAGCGAGGAGGAGAAGCACAGCUCCGUGCAGCGCCAGGCCUCUGGCCGCGACAGCCCCAGCCUGGCCACCAGGGAUGGCAAAUACAACCCGUUGCCACAGCGCGUGCGCGAGGGCUCCCGUGGCGGUGUGCGCUGCAGCAGCUCCCGUGGCGGGCGGCCGGGUGUGGGGGCCCUGCCCCCCCGUGGCGGCGCCCACCACCCAGAUGGCGGCGCCAGUCCUCUGCCUGAUCCGCGUGGCAUCAACGGAGGUCCCUCGCGGAUGUCGCCCAAGUCGCAGCGUCCCAUCCGCGGCGCCAAGGCCAUGUCGUCUCCUGGCAGCCGCCCUGUGGAGGUCUCGGCAGCUCCCCCGGCAGUGGGCCGCAUGUAUCCCCCACGCUCCCCCAAGGCAGCACCAGCUCCAGAGUCUGCGGCUGCCCCUGCGUCCCCCUCUGAGUCCAGGACAGCUGCUCUGGAGCCCAGCACUGCUGCCGCCCCUAGCCCACCAUCACCCAAGGCGGGUGCCCCUAUGCUGCCUGCUGCCCCUGAGGCGAAAGAGGCACCAGUGCCAAAGGACCCCGGCCGAGCCUCCGAGGUGGCAGGGCCCCUGGAGCCGGCGAAGCCAGCAAGCAAAGUAGGGCUUCAGACAGAGCAGCAGCGAAGCCAGCUGGAGGAGCUGCGCAAGUUUGGGGCCCAGUUCAAGCUCCAGCCCAGCAGCUCCCCUGAGGCUGGCCUGGAGCCCUUCGCUGCCCGGCCUAAGGAGCCAACACCUGAGGGCAAAGGCAAGGAGAAGGUGGCUGAGCCCUGCGAGGGGCCGGAGGAGACCCCGAAGCCUGGUGGGGCUCCGGAGCUGGCGCCGGAGGGUGGCAAGGAGGAGAAGGGGCUGCUGGAGGGGCCUGAGCGCCCGGAGCCUGCCAGCCCCCCCAGCAAGGCUGAGGCUGAGGACAAGGAGGACGGGCCUGUGUCGGAACAGGUGAAGAAGUCAACGCUGAACCCCAAUGCAAAGGAGUUCAAUCCCUCCAAGACGCUGCUGUCCGUGAACAAGUCUACGAGCACGCCCACGUCGCCAGGGCCCCGCACCCACUCAACGCCAUCCAUCCCGGUGCUGGCGGCCGGGCAGAGUGGCAUGUACAGCCCCCAGUACAUCUCCUACAUCCCGCAGAUCCACAUGAGCCCCGCCGUACAGGCCCCACAGAUGUACCCCUACCCUGUUUCCAACUCCGUGCCCGGGCAGCAGGGCAAGUACCGGGGCGCCAAAGGCUCGCUGCCCCCCCAGCGCUCGGACCAACACCAGGCAGCCUCCGCGCCCCCCAUCAUGCAGGCAGCGGCGGCCGCGGGGCCCCCACUCGUGGCAGCCACCCCCUACUCUUCCUACAUCUCCUACAAUCCACAGCAGUUUGCCGGGCAGCCUACCAUGAUGCAGCCCAUGGCCCACUACCCCUCGCAGCCUGUGUUCGCGCCCAUGCUGCAGAGCAACCCGCGCAUGAUGACGUCAGGCAGCCACGCCCAGGCCAUUGUCUCAUCCUCUGCCCCCCAGUACCCACCAGCUGAGCAGCCUGCACCCCAGCCGCUCUAUGCCACCGUCCACCAGUCCUACCCCCACCACGCCACCCAGCUGCACCCCCACCAGCCGCAGCCUGCCACCACACCCACCGGCAGCCAGACGCAGGCCCAGCAUGCCGCUCCCAGUCCUGUGCAGCACCAGGCUGGGCAGGCGCCGCACCUGGGCAGCGCGCAGCAGCAGCCCAACCUGUACCACACGGCCGCGGCGCUGACAGCCACACCGCCCUCCAUCACGCCAGGCCCUGGUGCCCAGUCCCCGCAGACCAGCUUCCCGCAGCCUGCUGCCGUCUAUGCCAUCCACGCUCACCAGCAGCUGCAGCACAGCUACCCCAACAUGGCCCACGUCACCCAGGCCCAUGUGCAGACGGGGCUGCCGGCUGCGCCCCCCCCACACCCCGGCGCGCCGCAUCCGCCCCAGGUGAUGCUGCUGCACCCACCCCAGACCCAUGGUGGGCCCCCGCAGGGUGGCGUGCCCCAGAGUGGCGUGCCCACCCUCUCAGCCUCCACCCCCACCCCCUACACCUAUAUUGGUCACCAUCAAGUUCAGUCCCACCCGUCCCAGCAGCUGCCAUUCCAUCCCCCUGGGAACUGACGCCUCCGGUCCUGGCUGUGAACUGAGAUGUGUCCAGUGCAGCCCGGCCCAGCCCGGCCCAUUGCACUGGGGGAGCAGGGGGCACCACCAAGCACCUUUGGGGGGGAGGGGGGAGUGGCGUUUUUAGAGGUGGGGCUGGCGGAUGUCAGUCACUGCCCCCCUGCGGCUGCCCCCAUGCCAGCCUUUUAUUUCCUAUAAUUUAUAAGGGGGGUCAGGCUGCGGCGGGUGCCGCUGGGGGGCCGUUGCUGUUGGGAGUGGGGGGCGGGGUGGUCCUGUGGGCUGUUCUUGUUUUUUUGGGGUUUCUUUGGGUUUUUUGCCCCCCCCCCAGCUCCCUGCUCCCCAUGCUGGGCUGGGCCGGGCUAGGCCGGGCCAGGAGCUGCAGCCACGGGAACGAUGCGCCUGGGCCUAGUUACAAAAAAAAAUUAAAAAGGGAAAAAAAAUACAAAAAAAUGUAAAAAACCGAAAAAAAUUAAAAUUUUAAACUAACUCCA